CCGUGCAGCAAUGCUCGUCUAAAUAAAGCUGAUUGACACAGGAUGUCUGACGUGCGUGUUUCCGGUCGGUGGAACGCGGAAGCUGUGAUAGGGAAACUCGGGCUGCGUUACAUAGUGACCGGUGGGAAGAAACCGUGUCCCUGUUAUGGCAGCCCUAGCCGGUGUGGAGAACUCGGCGGGGGCCGUGCUCAGGAGGGCGGUGGAGAUGGACAGCAGCGGCCGCUAUCAGGAGAGUCUCAUCUGCUACCAGGAAGGCAUAGAGCUGCUCAUGCAAGUGCUCAAGGGUACAAAAGAUGAAACAAAGAAGACCCAUUAUCGACAGAAGCUGAUAAGCUACAUGGACAGAGCUGAGCAGAUUAAACAUCAUGUUAUUAAAGAAAAGGAAGAGGGAAAAUAUCACAAGCAAAUAAAGAUUUUAGAAAAUGCAACUGGCUAUAGCUAUGAAAAUCUUUUCAAACCCUAUGUGGAUGAGACACUCUCAGAAGUUUGGGUGGAGGAUCCUUACAUCCGGCACACACAUCAAUUGUAUAAUUUUUUACGAUUCUGUGAAAUGCUUAUCAAAGGUCCUUCCAAAAUCAAGAAAAUCACUUUGAUGACUUCCCGAGAUGAAGAGAAUGUCAAGUAUCAACAAAUGUGCAGCUUGCAAGAGAUCAAGAAUUCACUGCAGGAUUUUGGUGUAACACUAGAGGUCACCUUUUCGCCAUCUAUUCAUGAUCGGGAAAUCAGGUUUAACAAUGGCUGGAUUAUUAAGAUUGGAAGAGGCCUUGAUUAUUUUAAGAAGCCUCAGAGCCGGUUUUCCAUAGGCUACUGUGACUAUGACCUACGUCCCUGCUAUGAGACAUCAGUUGAUAUUUUCCAUAACAAUCACACACGGAAAACAUGACUAAAGUCUGUACGAUGGAGUGAUCUAAAAGAGUUUUAGGCAAGUCGGGGUUGUUUAAAAAAAAAAAAAAGUCGCAUACAUAUUUCUGCCGGUAUUACAGGUGCAUGUGGCUUCUAGCAACAUAAAAGGGGUUAUCCAGGAUUAAAAACACAUAGAGGCUUUCCUUCAAAAACAGUGUCACAUCUGUUCUCAGGUUGUGUAUGGUACUACCGCUCGACUUCAUUCACCUACCACACACAAACUGAGGAGAGGAGUGGCACUGUUUCUGGAAGAAAGCAGCUCUGCUUUAUCGCAUCCUGAAUAACCCCUUUAAGUAUCUGAAAAGGGUAACUAAUGUCUUCUGUAUUGUGCCAACGUUCUUCUGGGGCUGUUUAUCUGGAAUCUAUCCUGUUUGUGAAAUAAAUGAUCACAUACUAUUAUCCCUAUGUGGUUGAUGUGUUUGCAGAUAAUGAUGAUUUGCCCCAAAAUAUUAAAGCAUGCAAACACAAUAGCUAUUCUGACUAGUGUUCUAAACCUGUCAUGUGUUUUUUACUACUUUAUUUAUUUACGUGAUAUAUUUGGUAUAUAAGAUGACGUACCUUGCUUUUCUAGUUAUAAAGGGGCACUAUCUCAGACCAUAAUAACCUGACUAAGCUUUUCUAAGUGCUAUUUUGUAUUGUUAUGAAGUCUGGUUUCUAAUUUGAAGCUGUAGCUUGUAAUAUUGUUUCUAUUGUUGUGCAGAUAUUUUUUUUUCUACCAUAUUUGUCAUUGCCGCUUUGCUAAAUCUACCAGUUAUUUUUACAUUUGUAAUCAUUCUGAUAUUACAGAGGUUCGACUUUUUACAUACAGUUCCUGUAAUUAUGUUGGUUAUUGAUGCUUCAUAGAGUAAUUAUUAUGUUACUGGAUGCCAAGAACCAAAUAUUUGUUUCUAAAAUCUGAUUUUGCUUUUGUGACUGUAAUUUUAAAGGGGUAUUCCAAGUUUUUUUAGUUAUUUAUCCAGGAAUAGAAAAAACGAGCUAAUUUAUUUUAAAAACAGCUCCCUGUCUGUCUCCAGGUUCUGCAGCUCUGUUCCAUUGAAGUGAAUGAAGCCAAGUUGAAAUACCACACUCAACCUGGAGACAGACAGGGAGUGGUUUUUGAAGAGUGUUUUUUUCUAUUCCUGGAUAAACCCUUUAACAUGCUCAGUUUGGGACAAAUACAUAAAAGCAUAUACCUACCUUUCUCAAACCCCGCUACCGCCAUUCUCUUGGAGCCAAAAACGUUGCCUAGAAUGUGCACUUCUAGCUCAGCCAUUCAGUGGCUAAGGCGGGACACUGUAGGCAGCUGUGAGCAGUACAUGCCCUGACCCAGUGGGAAAAAGAGGGUGGCAGGAGCGAGAAAAGUAUGUAUAUGUUUUCUUUAUCUUCAAAGCCCCCCAGACUAACCCCAUUAAAUAAAAAUAACUCGGAACACUCCUUUUUAAGUCAUGAACUUUGUGGUUGUGUUCACAAUAUUUGCAUGGCAAGGCUUUUCCAAGGAUUAUUAUAUGUGCCUCCUUUCCUUCUGUUCUCAUAUUGAGAAUUGUAUUUUAACACUGUAUUUUAUAUGUAUUUAUCUUUUAAUAAAUAAAUGCAAAUAUAUAGAUCU